GCUCCUUGAAAGGCGGUACCGUCGACAGUGUCUUCAAGUAUCCUGCGUGUUUAAUCGACGGUGAUCAGUUACGAUGAAAACGCUGUCAGUGCUACUGUGUGCCGUGCUAUGUCUGAUGGCAGAUCAAGGCCUUGCACGCACCGUGCAUAUCAAGAAUAACAUGAUUAUACCACAUCGUUUGGUUAAGCGACAAAACGAUGGUAGUACUGGUGGUAGUACUGGUGGUACAGGUGGUAGUACUGGUGGUGGUGGAUCCUUCAAUGAUCCUCAGCAAGCUCUGGAUGAUUUUACAGGAGCUAACCCCAAUGCCCCUCUUGAUGGUCCAAGGCCAGGAAGGCCAGAAGGAAGUGGGAGACCAACUUCUGGAGAAAGCUAUGAAGAGGCUUUAGCGGCUCUGCAGGCAAUCAAUAAUGUUGUAGCGGCUGCUUUCACCAAUGAAGAUCUCUCAUCUUUAACACCUGCACAAUUGCAACUUAUUUCUCCAACGUUGUUACUUCUGGCUCCGGCUACCACUAUUGAGACGUUAACUGCUAGCCAAGCCCAUACAUUGAUUGCAAACUCACAAUUACGUGACGGAAGAGCUAUUAAAAGAAUUGUGUUCAUUCUCGCUGGUGUCAACAAUGGUGCAUUAAUACUGGCCCCUGAUACAGGGCUUUUGGACCUAUGUAUUGCUACUGCUCAGCAUCGACAAAACCUCCAUCGUAACAUUUCUGAACGUGAAAUGGAGACUGCAUAUGAUGAGGUAAGCCAAGCUGGAGUAGAAGAAAUGCAGGCACAAGCUCCAGGCUUUGAAGCGUUAAGUAUGGGUGCUAGACGAGCUCUACUUGAAGUUUGUGAGCUGCCCAUAGAUGCCGGAUUCUUUGGUCCUAUCACAGGCUGGACACAAGCUAACAUCAGGCGACUAGGAGGAUUUAUACUCUCGGGUAUGAUGGGUAUGCAUGCAAGCCGUAUUCCAUUAAAUCGACUUGAUGAUGUGAUUAAUCUGAUCAACCAGUUCAGAAUGCAAAUUGACAGGAUGGCUCUUCAGGCAUUGUUAACCAAAUUUAUCCAAGCCAAAGGUGAACCAAAUACUUGGACUAGUGAUGACCUUCAGUUGUUAGGAACACUUUUCACUGAAUUACCAGGUCAUAUAUGUGGAAAUAUCCGUAAAAAUGUGCUGAGAAACACCAUAGAGCAUAUUGGUAGACUUGACUUCUCUGGGAAGGCUGAAUGUGUUAGAGCUAUUGUGGAUGCCAUUGAGGAUCCUAACAAUCCAUAUGAUUUGACUGAUAUAAUGAAUGUCAUGAAUCUUGGUGGUUUCAUCAUAGCACGACUUAGUCCAGAAAAAGCUGCUGCUGCCAGAGAAACUGUUAGUACUGCUAUUGCCAAUGAAGUAGAAGGUUCUGAAGCUAGACGUGAUUAUGAAAGACUCCGUACUCGUAUAGAUUUUUUUAUGAGCAGUGGGGCACGGAAAGAUAUCUGUGAUCAAGUACGCCAACAGUUUGAUCCAAAUGGCCGUCCUGAACAACUGUCUGACGCAGAGGUGCAGGAGUUCCUGACAUCAAUUCCCGCCAGUUCUUGCGGUAGCAAUGUACUUUCAGCCCAUGACAUAAGAAACAUGAACAACGAAGGUCUGUGUGCUGCUAUCGAUGAGGAUAAAGCAUUCGCAGGUGCUGAAUUCAACAGGCAACAGUCAAAGGCAUGCUUUGAUGGAUAUCGUCAAUGUCAUGGGAAUAUCGGAGCUGAGCAGAUCAGCAAUCUUGGACCUGCUUGUUUAGGCGGUGCCAGUGCUGAGACCAUCCGUGAUAUGUCUGACCUAGCUGAUAACAUGGACGUUGUCAGAGAAGCUGCAAAACUUCUUUCACUUGCCGCCCGAGGAGAAGUUGUACGAAAGUGUUACAACAAUCAAGAAGUAAUUCUUCUGUUGGAUAACUGGAGCCUGUGA